AUGACAUCGACAUCACCUUUGCCGACGACAUCGGACGAGACCAAGUGUUCCGCGGCUACAUCGGCAUCUGAGCAGCAAGCCCUACAAACUCAUCGAGCGGCGCACGGUGCAAUGGACAGCCCGGCAUACCUUCAUGCCACGCCUGCAGUGCCUGCACGGCCCGGCUUUCAAGAUAGUACUGCACUGCUGUCCUCCGUGUGCGCCGAUCUGCGGGAGGGCCAGAUGGUUGCAGUACCAAAGUUUUCGCUGAUGGAUUCGAUGGCCGCCGUCAAAAUCAUGGACGCCAGAAUGGAUUCGGGAAUGGAACUACCGGCAUCGGAACUGCCAGAAUCGGAUCGAUUGAAUGCAACUUUCCAGCUGUCCGACACGCACGUCUUUGACCCGUUCAAGCCACUCGAUGUGCCCGAUGUGCUUUGGAUUAUUGACCGUCUCUUGGCGUGCGAGGCGGCGUGGCACCAGGGUUCGGCGCUGUCACAGACGCUGUACACCUGUCUCUAUUUUCACGCCAUCCAGAGCCUUUCCCCCAAGCAUCCGCGCUUCCAGGAACCAAACGCGUCUCCGGUCGCUUCGUCUGGUAUGCCACCCCAAGCCAGCAUAUCAGCUUCGCCCAUGAGGUAUGCACAGGCGAAGCCCCUGCAGCUCGUCUACAAAGUGCUGAAAGCCUUCAUCCUCGCGACGGUGAAGACGAUCGACGUGGCUUGGUCUGAGCUCACUUCUAAGCAGCAUCUCCAGGACGGUGAAGAUUUCUCCUCGAACAAGAAUGGCUUGAGCCUCCUCGAGACCACUGAUACCGGCUACAUCAUCGACGAACUUGACGACGCGCUACAGUGGGUACAGUCGCAGCAGGCUAUCUUGCUCCCUGGUCAAAUUGAGUCACUCAAAGUGAGGCUCAGCUUUCGCAAGCAAAUGCUAUACGUGGUGCGACUGCUGCAAAGUCCAGCAGAGGCACCGCCCCUGGACGUUGUGAUGCAUACCAAAUUUGCUCGGCGCAACUGGGCGCUAUUGCAUCCGGCGUCGGCAUCGGACGCAGAAGAGCCUAGCAGAACCACGGUGUCUCACGGCGGAGCAACCAUCAGCGGAGAGCUCGCUGGCGAUCCAAACCUCAUGCCGCUGCAGCCGCCAGAUCGCAACGCAGCGCCCUCGCUUGCGUCUGCUGCCGCCUUCGAUCCAGCUUACAGCCGUCGUUUAGCUUGGUGCCAGGCGCUGAGGCCAAUCUCGCUUCCCAACGCUACCGAGACCUGGCGCAUUCUGGAUGGUAUCCUGGAAGAGCUUCAGGACGUCGUACGUGUACUGCAGCUUCCAGCCUUUCUGAACUGGAAGGCUUACUUCACGCAUCGCACCAUCUACUACCAGAGAAUGCAACCGCUCUUGGCGACUCCCUACACUCGAUCAUUACUGCAGACUGCCGUGUGCGACUGCAACAUGAUUGCUGGUCGUCUGCCCCUAGAAUGGAUCGCCGAAACGUUCUUUCAGGAGGUGGCACUCAUCAACCCGCUCCUUCUUCGCCGUGCAUCAAGAAUCGGUCGCAACGAUAUUGAAGGUGGCUCGCGCGUCCGGUGGGACGCACAGCCACCUCUCGGGCAGCGUGUGUACUACUUUACACAGAGAGUGGCAGGUCAGCUCGUGCAGUAUCUGACCACGCUCUCGCAAAACCGAGCUCGAUGCAAACGUACUCUCGGAUCUAGGCUUUAUUGCGAUUGGAUACGUACCUCAGAAGAAGCAGCAGACAUUGGACGUCAACUCGAGACAUGCCUUGAACCAGGCGAACGAUAUCUCCCCGACUCGCUGUUUGCAGCCACACAGCACCUCGCGCUCGAAGUGAUGACCCAGAUCACGCUUGCUGGUUUCGAACUCGACCUGUACAGCGAAGGCACCGAUCGCGAAAGUAUGUGGUGGCUCGCAAGUCGCAUCCAAGUGGAGCAAAAAAUUGUCUCCACCGAUCUCCGAGAUGAGCUCUCCAAGUGGCUCGAACAGAUUCCGCGAGAACAGAGACCCCGCAGACAUUCUCUUACUAUACUUUAUCUGUCACGCCAGGCUCUACUCGCACAUGCACUGGAACAGCUAGCCAUCAGUACGAUUUUGCUCGCACACCUGUCCGAUCGAUACGGACAACGGGAGAAUCCUCAGUCAUCAGUCCAGCGAUGUUCUUGGCCUCUAAGCCGAGGUGACGAUGCGAGUUAUGCCGAACUUGCAGGUGCCGUUUUUGCAAGCAGGAUCAAAUGGAUGCGCACAGACGUCCGAGCCGGCAAUAGGCUAAGCGGAGGAACAAAUAGGGAUGAUCCAGGCGAGACACUCUGGCAAGAAUAUCGAGCUUUCCAGGGUGAGCUUAAAGCCACCGAUGACUCGACCCUUACCAUGAAUGCGCGCGAAAGAAUGCACGAAGCAAUUCAGCACCUUCAGCAGCUUACAGCUUCGCUGGCUGGCGACCAGAACCAAGAACUUGGGGCAGCGGGCUUCAGCGAUACAGUCGCUUCACUCUUGACAACAGCACGUCACAACCUCGAAAUUUUGGAGGCCUCUGCCAACUCGCCUUCACGGAUGGCAAUCACAGCUUUUGCUACGUCCUCGGCAGGUUCCAGAUUCAAGAAGCAGACCGAAUGGAUCUUUGAGCACCCUUGGAUACCAAAGUGGUGCCCGGGUCAGCAUGUAGCUUAG